ACCCUUGGGAUUUGGGGGGGACCCUUGGGAAUGAGGGAAUCCUCGGGAUUUGAGGAGACCCUUGGGAAUGAGGGAAUCCUUGGGAUUUGGGGUGGACCCUUGGGAAUGGAGGAAUCCUUGGGAUUUGAGGGUUUGCCAAAGGGAUAAUGGGGUGGGGGAGUGAGCAGGGGGACUCUUGUCUGAGCAGGGAAUUCCUUGGGAAUGCGGGAAUCCUUGGAAUUGGGGCUUUGGAAAGGAGGGGACCCUCUGGGCGAGGCCGGUGCAUCCGUGUGGGAAAAGGGUUUGGAAAAGGCAUCCUGGGGGGAAAAGGGAGCAGCUCCAGCUUCCUCCCAAAUAUUUCUCAUCCCUCUGGAGCCUCUCCCUCCAUCCUCUGAUCCUGGAAUGUCUGACCCUGGAAGCCACACGGGAAAUCAGGGAAAAAUAGGGAUGCAGGGAUAGAGCGGAGCACAGCGUGAGUUUUCCCUGGAUUCCCCGCAGGGAUGCGGGGCUGCAGGAGCAGGCGGCUCACGGCCCCCGAGUGCGCGGCCCUGGCCCAGAGCGCCCAGGGCUCGGCCCCGCUGCGCCAGCCCCUGUGCCAGGGAGGAGGAGGAGGGACAGCCCGGGGCCUUCAUCCCGCCCGCGGGACACCGAGACACCGCGGAGCACCAGGCCGGCAGAGGAAAAUCUCGGAUUUCUUCGGGAUCGCCAAGGCACCACAAGUGGGACCUGCUGGGAUGCCCAGCUGUGGGAUCAAGGAAGAGCCACUGGAUCCCUUUUUCCCUGGACCUCCUGACUCCUUCAGCAACCCCUCCCUUUCCCAGCAUUCCCAGGACUUGGUGCCACCUCCCAUGGGACAUUCCAGGAAAACAGGAAUUCCCAAAGCAGAGCCACUGGAUCCCUUUUUCCCUGGACCUCCUGACUCCUUCAGCAGCCCCUCCCUUUCCCAGCAUUCCCAGGACUUGGUGCCACCUCCCAGGGGACAUUCCAGCAAAAGAGGAAUUCCCAAAGCAGAGCAGGAUCUCUGGGAGGAACCUGAGGAGAAAAUUCCAGCGCUCAGUGGGGUGAAGCAGGAUUGGGAAGAGCUGGAAGUGGAGCCCCUUCCCGAUUCCCACUACGGGCUCCUGGGCACUCGGAGCUGGCAGGUUCCUCAGGGAUCCAUGAGUGAUCUUCCUCCUGAAAUCCUCAGGAAUAUUUUUGCUUUCCUGCCAGUGCUGGAUCUGUACCAGAGCCUGAGCCUGGUGUGUCGCUGCUGGAGGGAGAUAAUCCGGGAUCCACAGCCUGAGAAGAUGUGGGCCAUCUUUGCUGUCAUGGUGCUGUUCUCUGAUGGUGUUGGUGACAUCCAGAGGCUGCUGGAGCGUGUCCGGAGCCCGCGCUCGGGGCUGGCCGUGCUGGAGGUCACCGAGGUGCUGCACUGCAUGGCCACGCUGCUGCUGGCCAUGAGGGACCAGGGCAUCCCCAUCUCCAACAGGAUUCACUACAAUAUUUUCUACUAUUUAUAUCUGAUGGAAAAUGCCUCUGGAGUUGUGCAGCCUCUGGAAGAGGGAAGAAUGGAUUUGUGUCCCAGUGGAUGGGCUGAUGUCAAACUGACCCAUGAGCAGCAGAGGAUUUUGAGUCACAAAAUUGAGCCUGGCCAAACAGUGAAAAUAAUGGCAUUUGCAGGCACAGGGAAAACCUCGACCUUGGUCAAGUACGCGGAGAAAUUCUCAGAGCUGAAAUUCCUGUACCUGACUUUUAACAAAGCUGUGGCAGAGAAGGGGAAAAAGGUUUUCCCAAGGAAUGUCACCUGCAAAACCUUCCACUCCUUGGCCUUUGGGAGCAUUGGGAGACACUACAAAGAGAAAGGCAAGCUGAACUUCUCCAAGCUGUCCGUUUAUUCCAUCAGCUUCCUCCUGCGGAACAGGGAGGGCCAGUCCCUGUUUGUAAGAGGCAAAACAGUGUCCCAAACCUUGGAAAACUUCUUCUCCUCCUCAGAUGAGGAGAUCUGUGAGGAGCACACGCCCCUGUGGUUCAAAAACACUCAUGGGCAGAUGCAGCAAGUGAGCCGAGAGGAAAAGAGAAUCAACGUGGAAGAGGCCAAAGAGAUUUGGCACAACAUGAAGAAGCUGGAUGGAGACGCAGAGAAGAAAUACAACAUGACUUGUGAUGGAUAUUUGAAACUUUGGCAGCUCAGCAAGCCCCAGCUCUCGGGAUACGAUGCCAUUUUUGUGGAUGAAGCCCAGGACUGCACUCCAGCCAUCGUGGAUAUCGUGCAAUCCCAAAGAUGUGGGAAAAUCCUGGUGGGAGACCCCCACCAGCAGAUCUACACCUUCCGAGGGGCCGUCAACACCCUGUACCUGGUGCCUCACACCCACGUGUACUACCUGACCCAGAGUUUCAGGUUCGGCCCCGAGAUCGCCUACGUGGGAGCCACGAUCCUGGAUGUGUGCAAGGGGAUCCGCAGCAGAACCCUGCUGGGAGGAGACCAGAGGGGGGACGUGAGGGGAGGCCGGGAGGGGAAGGUGGCGCUGCUGUCCCGGAGCAACUGGAACGUGUUUGAGGACGCCGUGGAAUUCUCUGGGAGGAACCCCCCGGCCAAAUUCCACGUCAUUGGGGGUUUGGAGAGAUUUGGCCUGAGCAGAAUUUAUGACAUUUGGAAGCUCAGCCUGCCUGCAGAUGUCAGGAAAAACUCACAGCUGCGCAUCGAGGACGCCUUCGUGCGGCGCUGGGCGGGCGCCGGGGGGCUGCCGGCGCUGCGGGAGUUCGCGGCGCGCGCCGACGACCGCGACCUGCAGGGCAAGAUCUGCCUCGUGGACAGGUACAGCCACAGCAUCCCCGCGCUGCUGGGCAGGAUCCGGGACAGCCACGUGCCCCACGAGGCCCUGGCAGAUGUUCUCAUCGGGACCGUGCACCAAGCCAAGGGCCUGGAAUUCGACACCGUCUGCGUGGCAGAUGAUUUUGUGCAAAUCCCUUCUGUCACUGGGGACUUCCUGAGGACGAUGAACACUGCUCUUGCCAGGACCCCUCAGGACGAGUGGAACCUGCUCUACGUGGCCGUGACCAGAGCCAAGAAGUGCCUGCUGAUGUCCAAAUCCCUGGAAAACCUUUUGGCUCUGGCUGGAGAGCGAUUCCUCCGGGUGGAGCUGCUGAGUGAGGCUGGCAAGGACAAGGAUGGAGCUGCUGUUGUUUGCUGCGUGUCAGGAUGUGCAAAACCCCUGGAGGUCAGCUCCGGGCUGGUGGUGAAGAAGCUCCCGUUGACUCACAGCGACGGCAGCCGGGAUCCAGGGGGAUUCCUUUGCCAGGCUUGCACCUGGCUGUUCUUUGGCUCCCUGACUCCUCUCACCUCCUUCCCAACGACCCAGUAGGAGCCCAUCCAGCUCUGACAAAGCCCUCCAGCUUCCCAGAGCUGUCCUGGAUGUGGGACAAAUCCUCUUGGCACAUCCCAGCUCGAAAAUCAAGUGGAUGUUGGAGCAGGAUUUCAGCCCAGCUCCAAAUUCCAGGCGAAUGUUGGAGCAGGAUUUCAGCCCAGCUCCAAAUUCCAGGCAGAUGUUGGAGCAGGAUUUCAGCCCAGCUCCAAAUUCCAGGUGGAUGUUGGAGCAGGAUGUUCCCAGCUCCAAAUUCCAGGUGGAUGUUGGAGCAGGAUGUUCCCAGCUCCAAAUUCCAGGCAGAUGUUGGAGCAGGAUUUCAGCCCAGCUCCAAAUUCCAGGCAGAUGUUGGAACAGAUUUCAGCCCAGCUCCAAAUUCCAGGCGGAUGUUGGAGCAGGAUGUUCCCAGCUCCAAAUUCCAGGCGGAUGUUGGAGCAGGAUGUUCCCAGCUCCAGAAGAACUUCCAGACUCCCUGGGGACAAUGUGAUGCCUUUCCUCCAGCCCUGCCUCAUCCUCCAGGAGCUGG